UCUAUCAGUAGUCACUGUACACAUUUUCAAGAUGGGUAUUCUUCACCAGUCUCAGAGUUUGGUUUCAUGGAGUAUUAUAUUCUUUGCAGCUUGUUCCAUCGUACAGGGUCAGAAUUGCGAUAUAGAUGAGAAGCAGCCAACAGUCUGGCUUGGUGAUGAGAAUGAUGCGAAUUUCUGUCAAGGCAGCACCGAGCAGUGUGCUCACUUCGGUCUUGAUUUCGUCUGUGAGGAUCCGAAUGGAGGAUCACUUGGACCUUGUGUCAAUGGCACCAAGGUGAAGUGUGCGUCACCACCUGCUGUCCCUCUAGAUGAUCCCACUCCUGCCACCACUAUAAGAGUUCUUGUCUAUAACGUCUUUGAGCUACGCUAUCUAUACUGGCAGAGUGGUCAACGAGAACGGACCUGCCGUAUUCCACAUGAAGUGUUCAGUAUGCAUCCAGAUAUUGACGUCAUCGUGUUCAAUGAAGUCUUCAUGGGGGGUUGCUUUGCCCCUUUCAACAAAACCAUCGAAACAAGCACCCUUACCAUACGUGACAUCAUGGACCAAUAUGGAUUUAUCUAUUACACAGAAAACGUUGGCAUUGGAGAACCUUUCCCAAAAGUAGAGAAUGGUGGAGUAUUCAUUGCUUCUAGGUGGCCAAUCGUUAAGACUAAUUCUCGGGUUUUCAAUGUAACGGAGCCAUACUCGUAUAUGGCUAAAGGAGUUGUGUACACCAUGGUUAACAAGACUGUAGAUGGACAGAGCGUAUCAUAUCAUGUCUUUGGGACUCACAUGCAAGCAUUCCGAACCCCAAAUGCAGACUAUGUACGAGUUGCUCAGGCAACAAUCAUUCACGACUUCAUGCUGGAGCAGGACAUCGGUGAUGACGAGCCCGUCAUAUAUGGCGGUGACCUCAAUGCCAGACUCAACACAACAAACGGUGAUGACGUCGUCGACGCUCUAGACGCCACACUUCCAAGAAUCAUCGGUGAACUCAACGUCACCUACGAUCACGAGAACAAUGACGUAUUUGACGACAAUAACGAUACAAACUGGUGGUUGGAUUAUGCCUUGUUUAGUCGAUCUCACAUUCAACCUGAAGCUGCUACAAUACAUAUCGUAAGACCUCGUAUGUCUACAGCCUUAGAGAUUUGCUCCACGGCCAUAUCACCUCUCCCCAGCUACCCCAAAUCUGAUCUAUGCGUCGAAAGAAAGAACAUCACAGACCUGUCUGAUCAUUAUGCAGUUCUAGGGACUUUCCAUUACAACAUGGAUUCCCUUACUUCCACAGAAUAUCAGACGACGACUGAUUCUGGGGUUGGGUGCCUUAUUUUAAACCAAAUGAUCGCAUCUCUCAGCAUAUUCGUAUGUUUUAUUCUGAGAUUCUCACUCGCUUGAUGAAUCACUUUCUAAUAAUUCAAAUUGUACAUUCUAAAAUCUGAUGCCUGAUUUUCAGAAUAGUAAACAGAAACUCUUAGCCAAAGUAUCAUAUCAGUUGAUAUUCAGGUAUGCCAAAUCUGAAGUCAAUCUCGAUUCACAUUUACCUGUUUACGAUUCCGCCAAACCAUUUUACAUAAUAUUGUAUAUUGAUCUUUUACCUGACCAUAAAUUAAAAAUUCAGGGUUUCAGAUAACCAUGUGGUUGGCGGUUAGGAUUAGGCCUUAAGGUUAGAUAUAAUCAUACAAAUUUAAAAUGUGAUAGUUAAAUAAAACGGGUAAUUUCAGUCGAUAAUUACACUCAUUCUAAUAAAAGAAACAAAGAAUACAUCUG